CAAAAAACUGGGGUGACAGUCAGUUUGCGCGAGUCCUCAUGAUCGCUGCCAGGCUGAUGCGUCGCGGCGUGAUGCCUGCGGUUACCGCACGCGUAACCUCUUCGACAAUGCUUUUACCUCGAUCGAUGCUCAUGCCGCUUGCUUCGUUCUCGUCCAUCUCUCGCUCCACCGUGGGAACGACAAACAGCUUCGGUGCUGGCUCCGGCUCGGCUGGCAAGCCGCUCGAGUUGAAGUACCUGGAAGCGAAUGGCUCGUUGGCCCUGGCGUUGCCUCUGACUGGAGAUCCUCACAGCGAGAUUGGGUUGGGGAUGAAGCUGUUUAGUUUGCAUCCCACCACGUCUGUCGCGAGCUUCGUGUCUCAGGUGCAAUUGGAAGACACGACCGCCAAAGACGUUCAAAUUCGAACCCAAAAAGGCGUCCCCGUGGCCCCCGAAACGGCAUUUUCGUCACUCAUGGCCGACGAUUUUCAAAUUGUGCUCAACGACAAGGUGCUCCGUGUCGCAGCUCCAGUCUUCACGGGCGAUGCGUACACGAGCUUGCCACAGGACGGAGGGUUGGACAUGCGGGCCAUCGCGCACAAAGCUGCUAUCAUCAAGCUCCGCGAAACUAUCGCCAACCACCCGAAAUGGAAGAUCGACGUUACCGAGUUCAAAAAGUUGGCGUCAGACCACGGCAUCCCCCCCAAGCAGGCAAGCCAAGUGCUCCAUGCGUUCCAUCAAGUCGGCCUCGUGUUUCAUUUCUCGCAGGCGGCCGACGAAGAACUCAAGUCGGCGGUAUUCCUCAAACCGCGCAACAUUUUGGACGGGUACUUUGACUCGCUUGGGUUGAUUCCUCCGUCAACCCAACGAUAUGUGGAAAAGGUAUACAAUUCCACCGUUUGGAUAUAUCUCGUUGCUGACAAACGUGGCAACUAGCGCCAGCAACUCGAAGCGGACUUGGCUGCUAUUAUGCCAGAGCACGACGCGUUGCUGCAUUUGCAAGCGCAACUCGACGAGACGGCGCACAAACGCACGGCCGUUUAUUGCUACUUGAGCUCGGCAGGUAUGACUUGACAGUUGUAUGUCGGUUACGAAAAACGUGCCUUCGGUAGGGUUGGUGGGUACGGGCGGGCUCUACGCAUGGCUCACGUUUGUCGAGUACUCGUGGGAUAUCAUGGAGCCGAUCACGUACUUUACGGGGUUCGGGGUGUCCGUGUUGAGUUACUUUUGGUGGACCUUGACCACGUCCGAGUACGAGUAUGGGAACGUGUACGACUUCAUCUACCAGCGCCGCCGGAACGCGCUCUACACCAAGUCGCAAUUCGACCCGAUUAAGUUAGACAACCUCCAAGCCAAAGUGGCCGGGAUUCACCGCGACAUUGCCGACAUCACGACCAAACUCACCAAACCCACGUGCCUUCAAGCAGAGUUCCUAAAGGAAAAGUAACUCGUAAGUUGGGUGUACACGAUAGAUUAUACUAGUAUUAUACUUCGAAGUAUGUGAUGAGAUCUUUUUUUGGAGCGAAUAUUAUACUAAUACAACGUCAUAUCGAAUUAUCC